GACUCCAGACUCAGUAAGUGUGUGUCGGUGUGUGGAUGUUAGUGUACGGUGGAAAAUUCAGCCGCUGGAGGACUUUUCUCUCCGAGUAAAACUACUUAUUUCUGCGAAUAAAGCCAAUGACGAGGACAAGACGAGGAGGACACAGGCGAAAAUGCGAGAAGAAAUCCAGGAAGAGAGUGUGUGCUUAUUAAAAAUUCAGCGCGGGAGAACAGACAUUAUCGCCCCUUCAGAUGACUUGUGGCAGCACCGAGGAUAAACUCCGACACUAACGGGCUUCAAACAUCAGUGAAUGGGGUGAGACGAAGCGGAGUUUUGUCUGAAGAGCGACUCCAAAGCAUUUCCAAGCGGCCAAAAACCAAAGGGAAGGGGAGGAGAGGGGGGCAAAGAAAACGCCCUGCUGCCUGUUGCUGGUAUCUCCACAUUCAAACUUUAUCGCCGAGUUGGAAAAAUGCAUCUUUCACUUAACGGGAGGUGAUGAUUCAAGUGUGACGUUAUCUUUAUUAGCCGGACGCCAAACAGCUAGCUAACUGAGGGCCCGCUUCACUGGGCAAGUUUUGGGUGUCUCUGCUUUGGGGAUAUUUUCUCUUCAUUGUGCACACUAUUCCUGUUGGAAGCGAUUUGGGUGGGCUGAGAGCCCAAGGCUGCUCCGCUAGGCCCACGGCCAUUAGCUAGGAACAAAGAGGUUUCACAUGUAAACUCAAACAGUUUUGGGGAAAAGCUCCUCAUAUUUUUUUUGCUCAACUUUUAACCCACCGACGCUGCAGCCAUGUCUAACGGCGCGGAGAGGAGGAUGGAAAGCCGGCUGAAGAAGCUGGAGGACAUGAUCAGAGAGCCCAGAUCCCCCAUAAACCUGGAAAGUUUGCUGGACUCCAUCAACGCCUUGGUCUUAGACUUAGACUACCCUGCACUACGCAAGAACAAAAACAUCGAAACCUUCUUAAACAGAUAUGAGAAAGUCAUAGGACAGACUCGAGACCUCCAGAUGAAGUCUGAAGACUUUGACAGAGUUAAAGUCAUUGGUCGAGGGGCAUUCGGUGAAGUCCAGCUAGUCCGACAUAAAGCCUCUCAGAAGGUCUACGCCAUGAAACUAUUGAGCAAGUUUGAGAUGCUCAAGCGCUCUGACUCAGCUUUCUUCUGGGAAGAGAGGGACAUCAUGGCCUUUGCCAACAGUCCCUGGGUUGUGCAGUUGUGCUGUGCCUUCCAAGAUGAGCACUACCUCUACAUGGUGAUGGAGUACAUGCCGGGAGGUGACCUGGUCAACCUCACCAGCACCUAUGACGUGCCGGAGAAAUGGGCCAAGUUCUACACAGCAGAGGUGGUGAUGGCCCUGGAUGCCAUCCACUCCAUGGGCUUCAUCCAUCGGGACGUCAAGCCGGACAACAUGCUGCUGGACAGACACGGACACCUCAAACUCGCCGACUUUGGCACAUGCAUGAAGAUGGAUUCUACUGGCAUGGUGCACUGUGAUACAGCUGUCGGGACUCCAGACUACAUCUCUCCGGAGGUGCUGAAAUCCCAGGGAGGAGAUGGGUAUUAUGGGAGAGAGUGUGACUGGUGGUCUGUAGGGGUCUUCAUCUUCGAGAUGCUUGUCGGUGACACGCCAUUCUACGCCGACUCUCUGGUGGGAACCUACAGUAAGAUCAUGGACCACAAAAACUCCCUCAACUUCCCUGAUGAUGUGGAGAUCUCCAAAGAUGCCAGGAAUAUCAUCUGUGCCUUCCUGACUGACAGGGAGGUGCGAUUGGGCAGAAAUGGCGUGGAGGAAAUCAAGCGGCACCCUUUCUUCAAGAACGACCAGUGGACCUUCGACACCAUCAGAGACUCGGUCGCCCCUGUGGUCCCAGAGCUGAGCAGUGACAUAGACACCAGUAACUUUGAUGAGAUUGAAGACGACAAAGGCGAUGUAGAAACUUUCCCCACACCUAAAGCCUUUGUUGGAAACCAGUUACCCUUUGUUGGUUUCACUUACUUCAAAGAAGACCAGUUACUAAACGCUUCCAACAAUAUCUCGGUGGCUCACGAUAAUUCGAAAGGAGAGUCAGCAGCACUGCAGAAGAAAUUGCGCCACCUGGAGGUGCAGCUGAAUAAUGAGAAGCAAGUCAGAAGUGAUUUGGAGCAAAAACACAGAGCUGCCACCAGCCGUCUAGACAAAAUCUCCAAAGAACUUGAGGAAGAGGUGAGCAGCAGAAAGAAUCUGGAGUCGAGUCUGAGGCAGCUAGAGAGGGAGAAAGCGCUGCUGCAGCACAAGAGCCUGGAGAGCCACCGCAAGGCCGAGAGCGAGGCUGACAGGAAGCGCUGCCUGGAGAACGAAGUCAACAGUCUUCGAGACCAGCUGGAUGACAUGAAGAGGAGAAACCAGAAUUCCCACAUUUCAAAUGAGAAGAACAUUCACCUGCAGAAACAGCUGGAGGAAGCCAACACAUUGCUGCGGGCAGAGUCUGAGGCGGCGACGAGGCUCCGCAAAGCCCAGACGGACAACAGCAAGCAGCUGCAGCAGCUGGAGGCCAACGCGCGCGAGUUGCAGGACAAAUGCUGCCUGCUGGAGCGCAGCAAGCUGAGCCUGGAGAAGGAAUGCAUCAGCCUGCAGGCCGCACUGGAGACAGAGAGGAGGGAGCACAGCCAGGGCUCAGAGACCAUCAGCGACCUGAUGGGACGCAUCUCUGGCCUGGAGGAGGAGGCACGUCAGCACAGACAGGCUCUGUCCAAAACUGAGACAGAGAAGAGACAGCUUCAGGAAAAACACACAGAUCUGGAGAAGGAGAAGAGCAACAGGGAGAUUGAUUUGACCUACAAGCUGAAGGUGCUGCAGCAGGAGCUGGAGCAGGAGGAGGCCUCUCACAAGGCCACCAAGGCAAUGCUGGCAGACAAGAGCAAGAUCAAAGAAACUAUCGAGGGUGCCAAGUCAGAGUCCAUGAAGGAGAUAGAGCAGAAGCUGGCGGAGGAACGAGCAGCCAAACUUCGUCUGGAGAACCGAAUUCUAGAUCUGGAGAAGCACAGCAGCAUGAUGGACUGUGACUAUAAACAGGCUCUGCAGAAACUAGAUGAGCUACGCAGACACAAGGACCUACUAACUGAGGAGGUGAAAAACUUGACGCUGAAGAUUGAGCAGGAGACCCAGAAGCGUAACCUGACUCAGAACGACCUCAAGGCCCAGAACCAGCAGCUCAACUCUCUGCGAACUUCCGAAAAGCAACUCAAACAGGAGAUGAAUCACCUGCUCGACAUCAAACGCAGCCUGGAGAAACAGAACCAAGAGUUGCGCAAAGAAAGACAGGACACAGACGGGCAAAUGAAGGAAUUACAGGACCAGUUGGAAGCUGAACAGUAUUUCUCUACACUGUACAAGACCCAGGUUCGUGAACUGAAAGAGGAGUGUGAGGAGAGGAACAAACUCUACAAAGAUGUGCAGCAGUCUCUGCAGGAGCUUCAGGAGGAGAGGGAUUCAUUGGCAGCUCAGCUUGAGAUUACACUGACAAAGGCUGACUCAGAGCAGCUGGCGCGCUCCAUCGCUGAGGAGCAGUACUCAGACCUGGAGAAGGAGAAGAUAAUGAAGGAGCUGGAGCUGAAGGAGAUGAUGGCCCGCCAUCGUCAGGAGCUAUCGGAGAAGGACAUCACCAUCAGUUCGCUGGAGGAAGCCAACAGGACCCUGACCAGUGAUGUUGCCAACCUAGCCAAUGAGAAGGAGGAGCUGAACAACAAAUUGAAGGAGGCAAUAGAAGAAUCAGAAAAGUCAAAGGACUGGGAGCAGCAGAUCAGCCAGAUGAAGCAGGCGUUUGAGAAGCAGCUGCAGUCAGAGAGGACGCUGAAGACUCAGGCCGUCAAUAAGCUGGCAGAGAUCAUGAACAGGAAGGAGGUUCGUGGUGGAGGCAGUCGCCGUGGUAACGACACAGACAUGCGGCGAAAGGAGAAGGAGAACAGGAAGCUGCAGUUGGAGCUGAGGUCGGAGAAGGAAAAAUUCAACAGCAGCAUCAUCAAAUACCAGAGAGAGAUCAACGAAAUGCAGGCGCAACUGUCAGAUGAGAGCCAGAUGCGUAUUGAGCUGCAGAUGGCCUUGGACAGUAAGGACAGUGACAUCGAGCAGCUGAGGAACCUCCUGCAGACACUCAGUGUUCAAUCGAUGGACUCCGCCAGUGUCAGCAGUGGGCCAGAGUUUGACACUGAUGAUGCGUUCACAGAAACGAGGCUGGAGGGCUGGCUCUCGCUCCCUGUCAGAAACAACACCAAGAAGUUUGGAUGGGAGAGAAAGUAUGUUGUGGUGAGCAGCAAGAAGAUUCUCUUCUACAACAACGAGCAAGACAAAGAGCAGUCCAUUCCCUACAUGGUGCUUGAUAUUGACAAACUCUUCCAUGUGAGGCCUGUCACGCAAACGGAUGUGUACCGUGCUGACGCCAAAGAGAUUCCUAGGAUAUUCCAGAUUCUUUAUGCCAAUGAAGGCGAGAGCAAAAAGGAGCCAGAGUUUCCCGUGGAUCCCCUGCCUAUCGGAGAGAAGUCAAGCUACAUCUGCCACAAGGGCCACGAGUUCAUCCCCACACUGUACCAUUUCCCCACCAACUGUGAGGCAUGCACCAAGCCGCUGUGGAACAUGUUCAAGCCGCCGCCUGCUCUGGAGUGCCGGCGCUGCCACAUCAAGUGCCACAAGGACCACAUGGACAAGAAGGAGGAGAUCAUCGCUCCAUGCAAAGUGAACUACGACGUGUCUUCAGCCAAGAACCUGCUGCUGCUGGCCGUGUCCCAGGAGGAGCAGCAGAAGUGGGUGAGCCGACUGGUCAAGAAGAUUCCUAAGAAGCCUCCACCACCAGAGCACUUUGCGCGCUCCUCUCCACGUGCCUCCAUGAAGGUCCAGCCCAGUCAGUCCAUGAGGAGGCCCAGUCGACAGCUCCCCACCAGCAAGAGCAGAUUGGAGGACUUUGGUCUUCAGGACUGGCACUGGGCAUUGGAUGAUAUCGAUGAUGAUUGUUCUUCUAUUCAUUUCUGAUGAGCAUAUAUGGUAACACUGUGUGCAGUGUGUGCUGUGCAGUGUGUUGAUUUCAGUUGCAGUGGAACGCUGUUUCCACGGGGCAUCGAUUUACAAUCACUGCCUUUUCUCUGCUACCUUGAAAAACGUGAGAUCCAUACUGUUACUUAGGGUGGUAGCCGUGCACAAAGUCUACACAAAACUAAACUUUAAAGCUGCUGAGGAUAAUGGUGCUUUUCCCUAGUCACAUAAUCCUGCUAAUGUCCUUAAGCAUGUCCCAUCCAUUGUUGCCUUAUGUCCUCUGACCUCAACCCUUGCAGGUCAAAUGGCUUCAGAAUGAAGGAAUCCAAUAGUGGACUCACACAGUGGUACAAAUGACGACUUCUCCCACCUUGUUCCUCCUUUGCCCAGAUGUUUCUCUAUAAACGACUCAAUCUUUGAAUGUGUGUAUAAGUGUUUUACAACCAAAAGGUGUCUUUUGGUGUCCACAGUCCUGGUUGUCAGUUUGUGAUGGUGGUGGGCUGUGUCCACAUAUGUUGGUCCUAGUGCACAUGCUUGUUUGGGUUCCUCGGUUGCUCACUUGAUAGCUUGGAUCACCUCUCCACUGGGUGUUUUUAAUUAACGCAGAUACAUUGUCGUCUGGGUUGAAACAGAAAUUUUUUCAGGGAUAUGUUUGCAGUAAUUUAAUGUCUCCAUAAUGUUAAUUAUGCCUGUGAGUGUAUGUAUCUCAGCCACAAUUCCUGAAAAAACAAAUUUAAGAAAUCUUUAUCAUGUAAUAUUUUUUAUAUGUAGGAUUUAUUUGGUAUCCAUGAAAAAUUCUAUUGACAGGUGAUUACAUACAGUAGGAUCUUGAGUCAUUGUGAAAUAAGUGAGUUGUGCACAUAGACUGUAUAAAAAUAAUGGACAUAACCACCGUGAAUUCACCCAUUUUGGUUUGUGGAUCACUGCUUUGACACUUUGAGUUCGGCAUUUUGGCCGUCACCAUCUUGGUUUUUUGGAGCCCGCAGUGACUGUAUUUGGAUGGGAGGGAGAGGCUGCCAUUGAUGCACAUUGCUACAUCUCUGUCCUGAUUGACAGAUUACUGUGGUAGCCAUCACAAGGUAGCUACCCCUUAAACGAUAACCCUGCUUCAUUUAUAGACUAUUUUAUUCUAAUUGGGACCAUAAUUUACAAAGUGAACACCAUGCUGUAUUGAAGGAGACUAGAAACUAUAGAUUGAAACCAUAAAAUCAUUAGGAAAAUGUUCACUGAGGUAUUAAGUCAAGAGAGAAGUAGGGUCAUUUUCUCAUUGACUUGUUUGUAAUUGGACCUCUUUUUACAACCAGUGGAGUUGCCCCCUGCUGGCCAUUAGACAGAAAGCAGGUAUAUGGCUUCGUGUCUGCUUUUUUUAUACAGUCUGUGCUUGUGCAGGAUUCAUUAGUAUGACUCAUAUCCUAUGAGGACAAGGUGUUUGUACUCCUCUGACCACAUCAUAGGUAUUU